AUGAUUCAUGUUUCACUGUUACUAACUACAUAUUUCAUUUUCUGUUCAACAAAUAACUUCGUUAAGAUAGACGAAAGACCUCUAAGAGAUGACGACUCUUUUUGCGGUAAAGCAGACUGUCCAUUAUAUGGUUCUUGCCUGGAUUGCAAAUUUCCAGAAUGUGAAUACGGAACUAUAAUAACUUUAAACUGUACCACGAAAAGACAAUGUGUUGGUCAGUAUACAUUACAGAAAGAAGCAAAGUGCCGGUAUUGUUGGCAGACAGAUGCUGUGGAGCACCACUGCGCUCCGAUACGAAACUGUUCGACAGUGGCAACUCGAUUGUUUCGUACGACAUGCCAGGUGCAUCAAUGGGUCAUAUGCAAGGGUCGACGAGCUUUCUACAAGAAUAUGAGAUGCAACUGGUCCUCAGGAUAUAGCUGGUGGAAAGCGAUGUUCCUCUCAAUUACACUUGGGGGCUUUGGUGCAGAUCGUUUUUAUUUGGGGAUGUGGAAAAGUGCAAUAGGAAAAUUAUUCAGCUUUGGUGGCUUGGGUAUUUGGACAUUUGUAGAUGUAGUUUUAAUUGGCGUUGGAUAUAUUGGACCAGCUGAUGGUUCUCUUUACAUUUAA